GAAAAGUUGUAGGAAGAUGUAAAGAUAAAACAAGCUAGGACAUAGCAAAAACAAAUAGCGUCUUCGAGUGCUACGGCGGAACAGAAAUGAACUAGAAAGAUUCGAAAAAGGUAGAUACUGAGGAUUCAACCGCAAAGAGAAAUAAAAAAAGCGAGAAGGUGUUAUCAGUUACAGACCACUUAGUGAAUCAUGUGAAAGUCUGGCGUACACCCAUGAUCGAUCAUAAUAUCGUGAAAGCAGUAGUUCUUGAAGAUGAAAGUGUAACUUUUGGAACGUUGAAUGAUGUGAGAGUAAGCCGGAGUACAAUUUCAUCAAUCUUUUGAAUCGAAUAGCGGAGAAAAAAAUGGCCGAAGCAGUGGAGCAUCGCUUCGGGAGCAGUACAGAAGCUGAUAUAGUUUGCAAAAGAUUUUACCAAGAGCGAUAGAAGUAGAAUCAAAGAUACUUAAACUCACAAUUGCAUGACGUUGAAAUGUUUUUUCCCACAACCACCACCACCACCACCACCACCAGGUUCCCUGACUCUUUACCAAUUGACCACAACCAGGUUCCCUGACCCUUUACCCGCCGUCAGGGUUUCAGCCGGUCUCCUAUGAGCCAGUCGGAUGUCCGAAAUUACAACGUGUUAGCACUUUCCGCCCAAGCCCAACAGCUUGCGCAGUUGCAGGUCCCAACGAAAUCGCUUUUACUACAGGAAAUGUGGUCGUAAUCCAGAACUUGGAAACCGAUGUGCAACGGUUUUUCUGUGGUCAAAGCGAGGUUCUUUGCGUAGCGUUUAGCAAUGAAGAAGAGGGAAACUUCGGAUUCCCAGUGCACGGGAAGAGCUAUGAGAAUGUCCAACACUAGAAAUAAUAAUGAAAUAAGCAGAGAAUCUCGUUGUAAGUACUUGUAGCUGCAAGAUGUUAAGGGAAAGAAGUGAGUAGCUGUUCUUUUUGGCGUGCGGAGUUACCAUAUUAUGAUUCUCCUGAGGACCUCUAAUCCCACUCAGCAUCAGCCUUACGUUCACCAGGCAUGGCGCCAGGUUCCAAGGUGUCGAGGCCAUCCUCCUCAAAAUCCUCAAUGGAUGGCGCGUCUGCGAGGAUUGCAGCAUUUGGUGAGAAGGGGGUUGCAACUGCUGCAGCUGCGAAAGGCGGCAUUAAGGCUAGAAUACAACGACAUCAACUCGUCCAGUUACCAGUCGUACUAAUAUUUGCUAGUACAACUUAUCCCUGAGCGCAGUCACUCUCACAUCAACUCCAGUUUGUUACCAGUCGUAUUAAUAUUUGCUAGUACAGCCUAUCUCUGAGUGCAGUCACUCUCACUGUCACUUACUUCUAGUUACCAGUUGCAGUUGUAUCUUCAUUUUAUUUGGUUUUCUCAUGAAAAAUACACCACGAAGACCUCUCCAUCUCCUCUAAUAGAAAACCAUCCACGAUCGGCGACAUCGUUCUGUUCAACGCCUCAGCCGACCAGAAGGUCACUCAACCAAAGCGCCGUCUCCAUUUUCACAAGGGAGACGUGGUGCAACUCAAGUUCUUGUCCAACAGACUUCUCGUUUCCUUCUCCAACGACAAGGGGAUGACAGGAGCCUUAUGGGCUGUAUCGCCGGGAGCACAGACGAGUGCCCCACUGCGGGUUUUCAACGCCAGUCCCAGUGAUCUCUGUCGCGGCAUCGUCUUACUGCCCCCAGCAGCUUCGCAAGACCGAACAUCAUCUGGUAGUGGGAAUGCUGCUAGCAAAAAAGGAGACAAGGGUGUCACAGACGCAUCGUCGAAGAACUCUGCCACGGCGGAUCCGGUACAUCGAUUUUUGUCCUAUGGGACCUCUCACCUAAAAUUUUGGGAAAUCAGCCGAAUCGCGCCACAGGUGGUUCCCAAGUGCAAACGAGCAUCCUUCUUGCAAGGAUAUUCACCUAUUAAGGUCUUCUCAUAAAAUUUACAAAGUAUUAAAAGGGGUCAAGAUGAAGGGGCUAUAAUGAGAUGCAACCUAGAACAAGCAGACUCUAAACCUGAACUCGUUACGUCCUGUAACUGGUUUGGCGACCCAGCGCAUCCUACGGUUGCUGCUGGAACCGAGAAAGGAGAGGUGUUUUUCUUCCACGAUGCAUCUUCGAUGUCUGGAGUACGGGUUGUGCCGGAAACAACAUCGAAAUUCGGAAGGACACAAGUCAACGCACAACAUUACUGCGAGAAUUCGCCGAUUGUCGCGCUGAAGACGCAGCAGACGUCUUCUUCUUCGUUGAAAGAACAAAAACUUCUUGCCUUGUCGGAACACGGAUCCGUCUUAGUUUUCCACGUUCGUGUGGCGAAGCGUGCAUCGGCAAGUGCGGUUUGCAGCAUGGGUGGGGCUUUGGAUUUACGUGGCACAUCAAGUUCACGACCUCCGACAGCGGCAAGCAGCUUCGCUGCGAGAAACAGACCUUUGGCAGCGAAUAAGGUAGUUACGGAAUAAACUUCAUUAGAGUUUCAUGAAUAUCAUCGUCGUUUGAAGAUUCCCUUUUGCUUUGUUCUCACACUCAUCAUGAAAUCAUGUCCGAUUCCGAUACCGCUCUAAAACCCGUCGCCCAUCCACCGGCGUUCCCUCCACCGCUGGCGCCUCGCGUCCUCGUUCAGCCGUAACGAGUAAUGCUGCAGCUGCUCUAUUGCCAGGGCUCUUGUCUCCAGAGGAGCUGGAUCGGGUCUGUUACGUUGGUGGAAACAUUGCUGUCGUGGCCAUGCAAAGCAUCAAUGUUAAGGCUCAGCUUUCAAUGGUCAUUGGGGUUGGUCACUGAGAUCUCUCCUGAGAGAACAGGGGAAAAUGAAGGAAAAGCAAAGGGAGAGGCAUGGGGCCCAUUUCUUUCAGAGUCAGUGACCAUUGAAUGCUGAGCUUUAACAAUGUGUGGACCAAAUCUGGCGGUGGACUACGAUUGGAUCGCGUUGCUCCAGUCUUCCCGAUUCUAGGUGCUGUCCAUCGACAAGACAGCUUGACGCUGUGGACUAAGGCAAGCAUCGUACAGUGCAACGUGGGUAGCAUGGCAGCUACUGGCACUCAGAACGUGCUACGCCUUGACCAGAGCACUGACAACAUGACAGACGGAGGCGGUGGUAGUCCUUAUUCUACGACAACCGCAGGCAAUGAUGCGAGCGCAGUGUCAGUUCUGACGCAAUCACUGGGCACUGGCUACACGUGUGCAGCUAGCUAUGGAGAUUUGCUUUUCCUUGGAUCCUUGGAGAGUGGAGUCUCCGCGUUCCGCAAGGUGGCAGACAAGUUGCUCUUCGAGAUAUCCUUCCUGCCGUAUACGAAGGUACGAGAACAACUGCUUACAACUUGUAGUUAGUACUUGGACUUGGAUCAUUACCAUUAAUACGUUUAAAAUGUCUUUUCUAUCUUCCUCUGGUCGUUCUUUUUUCCGCCACAAUUUAUUUAUGUCAACAAAUUGGACGAAUUUGGGUUUUCGUUUUCUCUGUCCUCACUGUUCGACACCAAAUAGAUCGCAGGUAACCGCCAUCGCCGCUGGUGAAUACGGCCUUGCAGUUGCAGCGGGAGACCGACUUGUCAUCUACAAGGACUACGCCUUCACUGCGCCACCGAUUUUUGAUCGCGUCGUUCUCAAUUCCCACGACGAAGCGCCAGGUGCGAUGAAAAGACAGCAUGCUAUCACUUGCCUUGAUUUUGAUCACUUGGCUGGCGCUGCUUCCUUAGCCUUUGGCACCCAAGAUGGCGCAGUUUAUUUCGUGGACCUACUGCAGAAACCGGUCAGACCUAAAGUUCUUCGCGGCCACGCUAGUGCGGUUGUGUGCGUUGCGUUCGUGCAUCCGGGAAAAUUGCUGUUAACGACGAGUGCAAAGCAAGUCAUUGCUUUCGACGUACUCUUUUUGCAGUUGGGAGUUUUUAUUUCGAACGAUGUAGUUACGUCUUCGACUGUUGAUGAAAUCAAUCUCCAAUAUCCGCAUGAGCAUCAGAAUCUUCAGGAAAAUCCCUCAUCCGCAAACAACCCCAUACAGCCUGCCAUGAUGCGUCGGGUUUCGCCGCAGGAGGUUCGCGAGUGCGUUAUGCCCUCCAAUGUGCCGAACAAGAUGCCCUACAGCUACUUUACUCGUGGUGCCUGGGACCCCAGUAAGCAGUAUUUCGCAAACCGCAAAUUUUUGCAAAAUCGCAAACUCCUGGUCGCUUCAAACGGCAGACGGUUUUCUUUGCACGCUUAUCCGUGUCUAGAAGCAGGUUUGAACGCAGUGAGACCUUCAAUUGUUGCGCAUUCUAACGGCAUAGCGGAUUUGUGUGUCUUCGACGAAGACGGAAGCUUCUUGACGGUCAGUCGGGAGAGUGUGGCGCUGUGGAGUGGUAGAACUUACUAUGUGACUUUAAUCAGUUACAGAUGCAGUGAUAUAUAGGAAAUCGAAGUCCUCAUUUAUAUAUUCAUUUUCAUUUAUUUGUAAAAAUCUCACUCAGCUUCGCAGCCUCAACCGAUCGAGUUCCAAGACCUUUCUCCCGCAGCGGAAGCACAACGACGAGUAUGCCAGGACAAUGCCUUCAUGAAAUAUGGAGGUACUUUCCAUCCAGCACAGGCGUUUGACGAGAUGAACAGGUCGGAUGUACACGACAGUGCCGAGGCUUCACCAGCUGCCUACGGUGGAGGCUACAAUCGAUUUGACGCGCAUAUUAAUCAAGAUGAAUAUGAUGAGGAUAUUCAGAAUUCACAUUCUGAAUUGGAGACACAGAUGGCGCAAUUGAAGAAGCAGAUGGACUCCCUGCAGAAUCCGAGAGUGCAAGGCUCGUCACGAGCCGAUAGUCUGGGGAAGAUCAAGGCACCGGGAGUAGCAGUAGUUGUUCCAGAUGCUGCAGAAGUUGGUGCAGGUGGUAUCAGUUUUCAGCCCGCCUCACGUGGUAGUGGUACAACUACUGUGGAGGUAGAUCCGAACGUUGAGGGGCGACGAGAACGGUUGCGGAAACAAGCAGCGUCGAAGGAGCAACUGUCAAGCAAAAUUGGAGUUGGUACUCUUGUCUUUGCUUUUGCUUAACUCAAUAUUUUGAUACAACUUCUUAACUCAAGAUUUUGACAUCAACAUCACUUCCACAGAUACAUGCACAGCGUGGAGAGUUCAACUGUUUGGGCUAUUUCUUUCUUUUUUUUCUUUUCUAGUUUUUCUAUCUUCUUUUAUGUUUUUCUAUCUGAUACCUAAGUUUUUCUAUCCUCUCCUUAGUUUUUCUAUGCAUCCUAUAGAAAAACUUACUAUUUUUUUACUUGGCGUGACCCAUCUUACCUUUGUCCAUCAACAUCGUGCUCCACUCCACCUGCACUUCCACAGAUACAUGCACAACGUUCACGCCCUUCAUCUCCGACCCUUCGCUAGCUGCUGGUGUAGUCCAGGUUGAUAGAAUCUCUGCAGAUUUCAAGACCAAAACUAAGGCCCUAAGAAGAGGUUACCAGGUUGAAGUUACCUGCCGCCAACCGAUUGUGAAUGUGGAGAAUUUGAACCCGGCAAGAGCUCUUAGGUUUACCGCAGCAAAUACGGGGGAUGUCGCAGUGGUGCCGGUAAUAAAUAGAUUAAGAUUUUUUGCAACAUGAUGAUUAAUCUAUAUCAAAAUCAGCGAAGAUGUUAGGCUGCGACUAAGAAAUAAGAACUCAAAGAACAUUUCUAGCCAUUCGUGCUGCUCAAGAACAAUCUUCAGACUUACUCGUCUACAACUUCUUCAGUUCGUUAUAAUGCUGUUGGAGGUAGUUGUUGAACCUCAAUUAAGUACAACCGACUUUCUUCUCUACCUCUACAAAUACAUCAGGUCCCUGUCGGUUACGACUUUACCUCUACAAAUACAUCAGGUCCCCGUCGGUUAUGACUCUACCUCUACAAAUACAUCAGGUCCCCGUCGGUUACGACUUCUCCAAGAUUUCCAUGCAAAACCAAGACUUGCAUAGUGGAAUUUGCGUUAUUGAGGUCCCGCAAUUGCCGGCUGCGGAUGAGUCGAAGCUUUUCUCAGUCCUGCCGAUUCGUGCGGAUGCGGCGACGGCAGCAGCAUGAUUCGUUGAUGUUUGAAAAUCAAGAUCAUCAUUCUUGUACUUAUAAGAAGUAGACGCCUUUCUCUCUCCUUGCUUGUGGUCCUGUAGCACAACUGCUAGAGCUGCUCUCUCCCCGAGUCGCCAAGACAUCGCCACCACAACUAAGAUGGUUCUUGUACUUAAGUAGACACCGCUCGCGCUCGGGGUCGGAUCGAGUUUGAUUUGAUGAGUGGUUCUGUCGUCUUGAUUUAAGAUACAGGUAGUUACUGUUCUUGACACAGGAAGAUACGCAAGUGUGGUAGUAUUACAGAAACUUAUCUUUUGAAGCAAGCAGCCUGCUCCACCUGUAACACAAUGACUCUUAAGGUAGAUACAAUUUGUUGAAUGAUCUUUGGAAAGUUAAAUACCAAUACAGUACCUGUACAUCUGUCUGGCAACAAGAACUAUAUGAUACUCAGUAUUGGACAUCAUGGGCAAACACAUCGAUUUCAGAGUUAGACGGUAUCACGAUGUUGAUAUGCAUGAAGAGAACUUUCUUUCUUAAGGCCAAAGUUGCUUUCAAUCAAUUAAUUCAAAUUCUUGUUUUUUUUCAUCGUGAUAAAUAUGGUAGGAUUUGGGAUUCAAUGGGCGGUAGUCAUGUAGUUUCUUUUUUCAAUAUUUCAGUGGGAGGGCCCACUUGUUGUAGAGUAAAAAGCAAUAUUUGAAGUAGAUUGAAUUAAUGAAGGGAGGAACGCACAGGGAGGAAUCAUGAUUGUGGCUGUACGCUAUGUUGUUGUCUACUUUACAUUAUGAAACCAAAAUUUCAAAUGCGAACGAUGAAAGAUGAAAUAAAUGAUGCCUCUGUAGUGAAUGUUCUUGGUCGAAGUUCUAGUGCUAGACCCAGAUAUGAUAUCACUGUGCAGUGACUAUCUUGCCUCAUGGUCAUGAAGCAGUCGAAUG